CUCUACCUAUCUAAUAACCACCUCGUAACGAAACAUGUGCAGGAUGAAGACAGCAUCCUCAUGGGCUGGCACCCGGAACUCGCCGCCUCGAUAAGGCCCUUCUCAGCAUUGCAGCCCCCAAAUGUACACGGCCAGAUAGCCAUGCUCGCCAUUCCCGCGGACGUCCUUCUGCAAGUUUAUGAGGCCACGCUGGGACAGACUCCAUUCCUGAUUGAGCACCUUUCAUUCAAUGACUGGGCCUCCCUCGUCGCCGUCAUGCAGAACAAGCCGGAAGAACUAGACAACAAAAUCCGAGAGUUUGCAAGCAAUAUCGCUGAGGUCUGCAGGAAAUCAGCAAUCGAGAAUAGAGCGUUGAACCUCAUCACCGCCAAGGCCGAGAAGAUCAUCCUCGAGUUGCACGGCUAUGAUGCUUCGCACCUAGACUCCGCUAGACAGGUUUCCAUUGCUGAGGGAAGCGAAACUUUCAGCGACACAUACAUCAACCGCAUGUCCCUCUCACAUGUCGAACUAGACUACCUCAAGAAGAAAGAAGCAGAACGAAGAAGCAACGCGCACAUCGAGAUCACUCCGCUUACCAGAGACGCUGGACACAAGUUCGCCAAGAACAACCCCUUCCUGCCACUGGCAUCCAGCACGUGGACAGAGAAAGCGAUGCAACGCGUACACAACCGCUUAUGGAAACUCGAUACCUUCAACUAUGCUGCACCCAUCAGCGUGGAGGCAUACAUGGCACUCGCUGGGCUCACCGAAGCAGACAUAGACAACUGCCGAACAACAGCAAGGAAUGCCACCAUCUACUUCGCUGCUACAAGAGGUGGACUGGAUGCAGACUUCCCUCCCAUCGCAAACCUUGAGAAAGGAAAAUGUCCAAGGAAACCUCUGCUUCAUCAGAAAGGCAUCCCGAAGUUCCCAACGGACCUGUCCGAGCUCAAGAAGCUAUGGAACGCCGGAAGGCCCUAUCUGAAGUGCAUUUGCCCCGGAUGCGAAAAGAACUUCACGUGGUUCGACCAUAUGAUACGGUAUGUCAUAGGCAACCUGGACAAAGUCGAUCCGCGCGCACCUUCACACAAGAUCAGGAUGCUGGAAUUCCAAGCACUACUUCGGACAAAAUGGAGGAAGCCGAUCAUGGCGCAGAUCUCCUUCAUCUUCAUGCGAGAAUGUAUGAUCAAGAUCGUCCACCUCAUCACCCAGAACAAAACCAUCUCAGCAGAGGAGAUCCUCAACUUCGAAGACUUCAUAAAUGUACCCUUCUACAUAAGUUCACUGCCGCGCUCCUUCCAAAUGCUGAAGGUCUCCUGACGCAAUCAGCAAAUAGAUGGAACCAACCUGACGUCGAAGAUAAGUCACUGAGAAGAUGCUGACAGAUGAGGCUUGGCAGCACACCAGCUUCUACCGCCACAUUCACCACCCCAACCCGAACACCCAUGAACACACCAUUACAGCGAACACAUAACGGCGCCACACACGCAGAACAUAGCAACGCCAUACCCACCACUACAAAGCCAGUUAACAUCACACCUUCUCGAGUUGCGUACACACCCACAACUACCACUGCAGCUGGACACACCACCGCAACACCCACUGGACAGCAGCACGCCCCUAACAAGACAACGCAACCCCUCACAGCAACAACCACACCAACCGCAAACCUCAACACUCCAACAAAUGCCAAUGCCCACA